GGGUGCACAGUUGAAUCCAGGUGUUGGUUCAGAGAUUGGAACAAAGGCCCAACAGUGAGGUCCAAGAGAGUUUUUUUGCACUUGGCAAAAGAUUUCCAAAAACGUAUGGGCCAAGGGAUUCGGUUCAGGUCCAAAAACAUAUCAUCACCAAAUUUCACUUCAGUCCAAUAUAUUGAUUUCAUUUCAAAUUUAUUAUUGCUCAAUUAUUAUAUAAAAUUGAAAGAAAGAAAACAAAUAAAGUGGAAAGGAGACAAAACGUGUGCGUUUUGGUGUGUGUUAGGGCUAACAAUUGUGGCUAUCCAACUUCACGUGAACAAACCAUCCUUUCCCUCUCUUCUCUCUCAACUCGUGGCGGCUUCUUCUUCUACGUCCCCUCACCGCCGGAGUGAACGGUCUAUUAACCACAUACAUCUCCACCGUCAACUCCAGAAUCACCUUCUUCGCCUUCGACAGAUUCAUCUUCAAUGUCGUGGUUUCAUUCUUCUUCGAUCUUGCUUCAAAACAAAUCUCUCUGUCGUGAUCGUCAUCACCUUCUCUCUUCUAUUCAUUCCGCCAAAAACUACGCCGUGA